AACACAUCACUUGAAGAGUGGAUCAUAUUCCCUACGGAUCGCCCUCAGCUUUGGAAUUCAAGCAAAACAGAACACCAAAAUGGGGUUCUGUCUUCAUGGCUCCCGUAGUUUGAUUUUCAAACCCUCUUUGGCCUUAAUUUUUGGUAUUUUCGUGUUUGCUUUAACAGUAAAGGAAUCUAGUUUCCAGAUACUGUCAAAGUGCUACGAGUUUGACGAUGUAAGAAGACCUCAAAGAUGUAUGCCGGAGUUUGGAAAUGCAGCCUUUGGGAAAAGAGUAGUUUCAAACAAUACUUGUGGAAAUCCACCGUCAAAAUUCUGCGUCCAAACUGGAGUCCUAGAAGUGAGAAAGGAAUGCGAGGUGUGCAAUGCUUCGAACCCUCGCUUAGCGCAUCCAGCCUUCUUUAUUACUGAUAUCAAAGAUGAUCAGAACCAAACAUGGUGGCAGUCACAGACCUCACUAGAGAAUCCCUAUAAAACUGUGACUUUAACUCUAGAUCUAGGGAAAUCCUACGACGUUUCGUAUAUAAGAAUUCGCUUUCGUUCGCCAAGGCCAGAAUCAAUGAGUAUCUACAAACGAACCUCGUAUGAUCGUGACUCGAAGUGGAUCCCCUAUCAAUACUUCUCUUCUUCUUGUAGAAAAACUUAUAAUAUCGAACCUAAUGGGAUCGUUACACGCAGGAAUCAACAAGUGCCUCUAUGUACUGAUGCAUUCUCGAGUAUUUCUCCGCUUACUGGUGGAAAUGUUGCCUUCAGCACGUUGGAAGAUCGACCGGACGCUUAUGACUUCGACAACAGUCCCGCAUUGCAAGAAUGGGUUACAGCCGUCGCCAUUCGAAUCAACCUUGAUCGUAUGAAUACCUUUGGAGAUGAAGUAUUUGGUGAUCCUAACGUCCUAAGGAGUUAUUAUUUUGCAAUUAUAGACUUGUCGGUCGGUGGAAGAUGCAAAUGCAACGGUCAUGCGGCGCGAUGUGAGGAAACCGCUCUGUCGGAUGGAACAGUUCGACUACAAUGCGAAUGUGAACACAACACUGCUGGAGUAGACUGUGACAAAUGUCUACCCCUCUUCAACGACAGACCAUGGGCAAGAGCUUCUACUAGCAAUCCCAAUGUCUGCAUGCCGUGUAAGUGCAACAACCUCGCCGAUAGCUGCGUCUUUGAUCCAACUCUCUACAGACAGACAGGUCAUGGAGGUCGAUGCGUUAACUGCAAGCGAAACACAGACGGCCCUAACUGCGAGCGAUGUAAAGAGAAUUUUUUCCGGUCCAAGUCUACUGACCCGUGUUUGUCGUGCAACUGUAACAGGGUUGGGUCUGAAUCACUUCAGUGUAACAGCGCAGGACAGUGUCGCUGCAAGCCUGGGGUCACUGGAGUCAAAUGCGAUCGAUGUCUACCAAACUACUUUGGAUUUUCACAGACGGGAUGCAGGCCUUGUCAGUGUGUUCCUGCCGGCACAGACCCAGCAAUGACGCAAUGUAACGAGAAAGGGGAAUGCCACUGCAAGCGGCACGUGGUUGGAGCCAAGUGCACGCAAUGCCGCACGGGAUACUUUGGGUUAGAGGAGACGAACCCCCACGGGUGCAAGCAGUGUUUUUGUUAUGGGCAUUCGACUGUCUGUAGACCUGCUACCGGCUAUACAUCAAGGAAUAUUACCACAGACUUUACUACUGGGUUAGAGGGAUGGACAGUCGUUAACAAAAAUGAACAAGACGUGACAGAUCAAUAUGCCGUACAUAGUCAACGUGGUUUCAUCAGUACAACAGCCAUAGGUAAAGAGGUUCUCUACGCCAAGGCGUCGUUGGUUUUCUACAGCAAUAGGCGGAGUAGUUACGGACAGACGUUUGGAUUCAAGUUUCGUGUGGGCGCAACUCAAGGAGUAGCGGUUGAUUUCGCCGACAUCACACUCGAAGGAGAAGACAACCUCAAAGUAACCACCCAACUGACGUCACAAGGCAACCCGUUACCCACAACCUCGUUUCAAGACUACGUCUAUCGCCUCCACGAAGACCCUUCAUUUGGAUGGGAACCGCGUCUAACCGGCUAUGAUUUCCAGAGACUGCUAACUAGCCUUAAGAACGUCAAGAUUCGCAUGAAUUACGCGGAUCAGGGGACUGGUAUGCUUGACGAAGUGUUUUUUGAGUCUGAAAAUUACGACCCAUCAUCCGCGCGGCCGGUGACCUGGGUCGAGCAGUGCAGCUGUCCUGCGCAGUACAGAGGGAAUAACUGUGAGUUCUGUAACGAAGGGUUCACGCGAGUUGGAGGCGUGGCCGAUAAAUAUGGACUAUGUGUACCGUGUCAGUGUUAUGGACAUUCAGACUCGUGUGAUUCCGAGACCGGCAAAUGCUACUGCAAACACAACACUACAGGCAUCAAAUGCGAUAAAUGCCAGGAUGGUUUCUAUGGUAACCCCACGCAGGGUACCCCUAAUGAUUGUAAGCCGUGUCCGUGCAAGUUUGGUACUCGUUGUAUUCAGAUAGGAGCAAGCGUUGUGUGUACGGACUGCCCUCCCGGUCACCGGGGAAACCUGUGCGACAGGUGUCAAGAUGGUUAUUAUGGCGACCCAAUGGGCCUGAAAGGCACUCCCACCCUCUGCCAGAAGUGUAACUGUAGCGGUAAUAUCGAUUCUAAUGCCAUUGGCUCGUGCGAUUCACAAAGCGGGGCGUGCCUCAAGUGUAUCUACAACACGAGGAAUGGACCCAAGAAUCAGUGCGAGCUGUGUGCUGUUGGUUACUAUGGUAACGCCAAGGAAUAUCCUAAGCCACAGUGUGUAGCCUGUGAAUGCUACGCACAAGGAACAGUCGCAUCCCCCGGACACGACCCAGGCCUCCCCUUCCCAUGCGACAGCCAAGGCCGCUGUACGUGCUUACCCAACGUCAUCGGCGACAAGUGUGACAACUGUAUACCAGAUUACUGGAACGUGGGCUCAGGUCGGGGUUGUGAGCAGUGUAACUGUGAUGUGAUUGGCUCGUGGAACAAUACGUGUGACGUCAAGACUGGUCAGUGUCAUUGUAAACCUGGAGUGACGGGAAGACGGUGCGAAAUGUGUCAAGUGGAUCAUUACUCUUUUUCGCAAUUUGGUUGCUUAGCGUGUAACUGCAACCAGGAAGGAUCUUUGAACGUGUCGUGUAAUGAACAAGGUGUCUGUGACUGUCGUCCAGGUGUCCUCGGCAUCAAGUGUGAUACAUGUCGAGAGAACUACCAUAACCUUACUGCUGGAUGUAUUUCUUGUCCACCAUGUUACGACGUCAUUCAAAAACUCGUCCACGGCUUGAGACGAAAGCUCCACGAGCUCAUCUACAUCAUCGAUCGCUUCAACUCCUCUUCUAAAGUGGUCAUCGAUAUUGACUUCGAAAACCGUCUCAAGGAACUCACAGAGCGCGCCACCAAGCUAAUCAAGCAGGCCGAGAAAACCAACGCUACAGAUAGAGUCCUUGUCAAACAAAUCGCACAACUUGAUACUCGAGUUGAGRAGGUCAGGAAAAAGUUGAUUGACGUGUGGUCCAACACUACUAGGGCUUACGUGUUGGCGGAACAAGGGGCAGGGAAUGUGAGUGUGGCUGAGUCCUCGUUGAAUGUCUCUCGACAUCUCUUGGAUAUGAUUAACAAGAUGUUGAUGGAACAAGGAACAAAAGCGUUGAAUGAGUCUAUUAAGAAUGCUAACGCUACUGGGGAACAGGAAAAACGCAUGAUUGAAAUCGUCAAAGAGACUACUAAACUUGCAGACAAACACGAAGCGCACGCAGACGAGAUCACCACCAAGUCCGUCCAAGCCGUAAAUGCGUCUGAAGAAGUCGUCAAAGUAGUAGACAAGGCUUUGGACGCGCAGAACAAAACUUCAGAAGACAUUGAAGACCUUUAUGACAGAAUAGCCGAGGUAGAAUCGCUCCAAGUUGCAGCCGAGUACAAUGGUACUGAAGCUCAUAAAAGAUCUACGAAAGCACUGGAAGAGGCUAGGGAACUUUAUAAGAACGGGACGGCACCUUUGCCCAACCUGAAUAUAACUGCUAUUGAAGCUCAAGCCAACGCCUCCAAAACUGAAGCACUCACUAUGAAAGACAAGUCUAGCAAGAUUAUUGAAGGUUUGAAAGACUUAGUUGCCAGCUUCAAUGACAAAGAGGACGAUGUGCGUAAAAAGAUGGCCGAGUGGCCUGGACUUCUUGAUGAGUUGAACAAACUUCUGAGUGAGAUUGAGGACGCUAAUAGUACGGCAUGGGAGUCGUUUUUAAAGGGAGAAGAAACGUUGAGCAAAGCACUGAAAAUGAAGGAAACUUUGGAGAAAUUCAACUCCAUUAUCGAGAAGUCAAGAAAAGAUGCCGAGAAAGCCGAGCAGAAUAUUCCCGAGAUCGAACGACUCAUUGAAUCAGCUAACAAGAAGUCAGACAACGCAACCGAAAACCUUGGAGAUGCACAGAAAUUAUCAUCCGAAGCGAAAGCUAAAGCUAACGAGGCAAAGACAACAGCCCAAAACGCUCAAGAGAAAGCAGAACAGAUACGAAUAGAAGCAGAAAACCUAAUUCUUCCAAAAGAUACAGUCAGUGAGCCAGCCAAGAAGGCAGCAGCCAGAGUCUCGACCCUCAAAGACAAAGCUACCAAAGACAAGAUGGAGAUUGUCGAUGCUAAAGGCAAGGCAGUCAACGCCUCUGGGUCGGCGAAGAGAGCUCGUGUUAAAAUCGACGAAGUGAUGAAAAAACUUCAUGAAAUACUCAAGGAGAUCGACAACCUGGACACCGUGGAUAUCAGCAAGCUGAACGAGCUGGAUGGACGGCUGGACAAGGAGAUCGAAGGCGCAAGAAUUGUGGACGGAAUGUUGAACAACAUCACGGAGACCCACCGAAUUAUACGCGAAAGUAUUAAAGAGUACACAGUUGAUAUAGCGAGGCUGAAGAAGGAGAUGACAAAACUACAAGGAAUAGCCGACGUCUUACCUAAAGUCUGUAAGAAACGAACGACUGAAAACGAAGGAAAAUAGGCAGUAUAAAAUAUUUAGAUCUCUUGACGUUGCUAUGGCGAUAAAAUUAUGUUGCUAUGGCGACGUAAUCACAUUUGUAUAGUGACAGUUCUGUUGCUAUGAUGACGUAAUCACAUUGCCAUGGUGACACAGUUAUGUUGCUGUGGAGACACAAUCAUGUUACCAUCGCGAUAUUGUCUAUCUUCGAGAAAAGUUUGUUUCUGUUCAAACUGGGCGGGGGGAAAUGAUAUUUUUUGGAGGAUUGUUAAAAACGAUUAUGGCAAUAGGGUCGUCUUUGUACUUAUUUCAAGAACUAAGAAAAAAGCUAUUACCGUUAAAAUUGCGAUCGCUAUCCAAGAUACCCUGGAGACAAGCUUGUUGUGAUAUCGCGUCUUGUUAUGCUAUUGGGGAGUGCGCAGUAUAUUUUUAUGUGAAUUUAUUUUGUACAAAUAAUAAUGUCAACGUUAGGAAUAUUUGAAGGUAGAAUACUCCUAAUAAUAAUUCACGGUAAAUUUAGGAAAGUUUGCGAAAUAACUUCUGCUUUUUAACAGAGUAUAGAUAGAUUAAAGUAUUGUGGGGGAAAAUUUCUUGCCAUUUUUUUUGCAAGGCAAUGGGGUUCAGGCAACAAAUAGAAUUAGUUCUUGCCAUUUUUUAAGCCAAUCGGAAAAGACUUGUUUUGACGUCAUGUAUUUGUCAGC